CCCUUAAAUGUCAGGUGGAAAAAAGUUUAUUUGUGAAAUACUAGUCUAAAAUUAUUGCUUGUAAUAACAUCGCCCAGACAGAAAACAAACAUGAAUUGGCACACGGGCAACAUUGCUGAAGCUGUGGCAGAAUCCAAGGCCAAAGAUGCCGUCUUCGUUGUAUACAUUACAGGUCAGGAUGAGAUGUCCGCCAAUCUGGAUAGAUUGCUAAAUGACUCGCUUAUCCACACGAAGCUGCAAACUUCCGACUUUGUGGCCGUCAAAAUACAGGGCAAUAGUGAAACCUACGUUCAAUUCAGUUCGCUAUACAAAGUCGUGCCAGUGCCAUCAAUUUUCUUCAUUGGAAAAUCUGGAACCCCGCUGGACAUUGCUACGGGCAUCGUUGCCAGCGUCGAGGAGCUCGUAGCCAAAAUCGAUAAAGUGCUGCUCUUGGCGGGCAAACGAACAAAUCCGGAUACCCCAACGAGCAGCGGAGCAGUAGUUAGUAAUGAAAGUAGCCGCAGCAUUGCUGGGGCAGACAAUGAGGAUGCACCAACUCAAAAAACAGAGCCGAUAAAGACAGUGGAUGUGUCGGAAUCGGAAGUCACAGAUCAGGAAUCUGUUCCAGCUGCUGAAGCUGCAGCUAAACCAGUUGUAGUUGCAGUGGAAUCAACUGCUUUGCCUGAACCAGCUGCUCGAGUUGCUGUUGUUCCACCAGAGCCAACUGCAUCGUCAGUAUCAGCGGCAGCCGCUGCCGAGAAGCGUGCAGCGUCCGCAGCAGCUGCUGCCACAGCGCAUACAGCAACCAGUGCUGCCACUUCGAUGUUGCCCACUCCCAUACAAAACAUUGCGUUACAAACGCCGCUGGUGCCAACAGCUCUGCCAGGAGAGGCACCGACAACACGUUCGACCGCCGAGGAAGCGGUAUUGCAGACUACAGAUAUACAGAGUCUCGUCGCACAGCGGAGAAAGGAACGCGAGGAGGAGCAAAAGCAACGCGACAAAGAGAACGAGCUGCGACGCCGGCGCGAGGGUCGUGAAUCGCAAGCCCAGCAGACGCUCACUCGAGAUCAGGAGCUAAAAAAGCUACAAGAGCGCAUUAAGCGUGAACGCCAGCAGGAGCAGCAGACAAGGGAACGGAUUCUGGCCCAAAUAGCCGCCGAUCGUGCGGAGCAUGCAUCGAAUCGAAGAUCCUUAACGGCUGACGUGCCAAGCACCACCAGCAACUCAACAGCGACAACAGAUUCUGUUAGAUCGACAGAUUGGUCACACAACGCCGGCACGGAGACGCGUCUGCAAAUCCGUCUGCCCGGCGGCACAACACGCACGCAAACCUUUCCCGCCGCGGAGACGCUGUCCACAGUGCGCAAGUUUGUGCUCGAUGAGCUGCUCGCCGGUAGCAAUAUACGCGAAUUCACAAUGGCCACCAGCUAUCCGAGGCGUGAGUUCAAAUCGGAUGAUGAAACGAAAACGUUGAACGAAUUGAAUUUGGUGCCCAAUGCGGUGCUGCUAGUGCUCCACAGUGAGCAAGUCAAUCGCGUGGUGCGCAGCCGGAACAGUCUGUUCAACAUGUUGACUAGCAUAAUCUGGGCAAUCUUCACACCUGCUGCAAUGGCCUUUGACUACAUGAAUCGCAUGGGACUGCAACGUUUGCGACAGCGAUUCAACCAGAUGAUGGGCUGGACAAAACCUGACGAGGACAAUCGUCAAGCUCGCGAUGAUGUUACCGCACGACGUAAUAUGGACAUGUUUCUAUUACGUACGACGCAGAGACCGGGCUUACAACAAUCUGCACCACAGAAUGUGGCUGGAUCUGAAUCUGGGUCGCAGCCAUCGGGCAAAUCAGUGCCGACCGAAGACGCAUCCCAGGGCCAGGAAGUGGGGCAGCCCCGUUCCGUUGGAUAUAAGCCGCCACGUUAUGGUGAAUCGAAUAUACGACGAUUGGCGGACACCAAGGACGAGGAUGAGGAUAAGGCUACCUAUAAUGGCAACUCAACGCAGCAGCAGUAGUAAUCCAUAAUAAACAGUUAAAGCUUUCGAUAUUUAAAAAAAUAACCGUUACAUUCACAGCUUCUUUAACUAUGAUGAAGCCUUAAAUUAUAAAAUACCUAGAUACAAAAUCCACAAUAUUCAAAUAACAUGCACGUAUAUAUAUAUGUGUAUAUAUAUAUAUAUCUUGUGA